AUGCAAUAGUAAAAUGGGAAGAUCACCGUGUUGCGAUGAGAGCGGGUGGUCGUCAAUAGCUGGUCAUCUUUCGGGAAGAACGGACAAUGAAAUAAAGAACUAUUGGAACACGCAUAUUAGAAAGAAACUUAUUCAGAUGGGGAUCGAUCCGGUGACCCACAGGCCGAGAACCGACCAUUUAAACGUUCUAGCCGCUCUACCACAACUUCUAGCUGCCGCAAAUUUCAAUAACCUCUUGUCUCUAAACCAAAAUAUACAACUGGAUGCAACAAGUAUUGCAAAAGCCCAAUUGUUACAGAGUAUGAUUCAAGUCCUCAACACCAACAACAAUACCUCUUCUUCUUCCUUUGACAUUCAUCACACCAACAAUAAUAUCUUUGGCCAAUCUUCUUUCCAACCAAAUAUUAGUGAAAAUCUUUAUGAUCCAAUCCCAAGCCUCUCUCACAUUGAUCAUCAGCCUCUGGAUUCAUUUUCUAGCCCGAUUCGAGUAGCUUCUCAUCAAGAUGGUCAAGAUAUGAUUCCUCCAUUGAUUUCGGUCUCUCCUGAUGAGUCUAAGCAAACCCAAAUGAUGAUCAAGAACAAGGGGAUUUUGAAUCAUAAUGAUCAUACUUCAAAUCCAUCAUCGACCUCAACAUUCACACAAGACCAUCAUCAACCAUGGUGUGACAUAAUUGAUGAUGAAGCAAGUGAUUCUUAUUGGAAAGAAAUCAUAGAGCAAACUUGUUCGGAGCCUUGGCCAUUUCGUGAUUAGAGACGAAAGAAAAAUAUUAGCAUUACUUUUUCUGUAGAUAUAGAUAUAUACAUGUGUAUUGUUAAUUAACUUUCAUACAGUCUGUGUUUUAUUUUUUCUUUCGUUUUUUGUCGACCAUGCAUUGAUACUGUACAAAACUUAUUGUCAUACAUUUGUAUUAUUUUUUCUGUAACUUUUAUUUAUUUUG